ACGAGUUCUUCUUCGCUUCAAGGCGGACUUCACUGGAGACUUUUUUAUACAGCCACGCCCGUAGCUCACAACUGCAUUUGACAAGACACAGCGAAACGAAACGCCUGUGCACGACGUGAGAACGAUUCUGGAGAAGUCCAGCAGAAACCAGACAAAGAUGAAGACGAUCACGGAGCUGGCUCCGCCGAAGCUUGACAUGUCGGAGCAGGAUAGCGAACUGUUGCGCGAGCUGGCCGAAACGCUUACGGUGCACAAUAUCCAGCAGUACAACACACUGCUCAAGACCAAGGAUGGCUUUGCCGAUAACCGCCGCUGGAAGGAAGUGCGCCGAAAGGAUGGUGUCCGAGUUUACCGCGAACGCAGCCGUUACAAUGGUCUGCCGUCCACGCCGUCGCUACUUCUUCUUGGUACCAUUGAGGGUAAGCUUGACGACGUCAUGUAUGGCGCCGUGGCCACCACAGACGAGGCCAUCCGCAUCAAGUCCACCUGCAUUCAGGACGGUAUCAUCGACAGCAAGGUGCUACAUGAACUGGUUCAGCCCACCGUGGACGAUCCAUUCCACCACGUGAGCGUCAAGUGGCGACUCUUCAAUAACCAGCGUGACUACGUGUCGCUGGACACUACGGGCAUCGCGCACACGGUCAAGCGCGAGCGGAUCGGUUACAAUAUUUCCCACUCGGUGGCUUUCGCACAGAUCCCUGGCAUGGAGGAGGCACACGGAAUCGAGCGAGGCAACAGGUCAGUGUGUUCACUUUAUCUCCAGAAAACCCCGACAACCGUUGAGUGCUACGUGCGCGGCUUCUUUGACUUCCACACACAGAACGAGAUGAUCAACACCAUGUCAUUUCAAGCCAUUGCAGCGCAGUGGUCAUGUUUUGCACGGAAGCGCGACUGUGCACUGAUGAAGAAGCUGGUUUGGCGUAUGCGCAAGAGCUCAGGAUGCACGGCGUCGCUGUCUCUCCACCCUACCGACGACCGGCCAUCGCUUACCCAGCAACCACCAGCUCGAAUUCGAGGUCGGUGUGCCGUGUGCUCAAGAAGUUUUGGCUUUCUAGGUACAAACCAUAAGAGCUGCAAGAGUUGCCUACGCAAAGUUUGUUCGCGAUGCUGCUCCAAACAGCUCGUGUGUAUCUUGGCUCCUGACCAGCGCACUGUUCUCGGGAAGAAGCGAAGCUUCUGCUCCACAUGCCUCUCAGAUGCGGCUAACUGCGAUGCAUUGGAAGUGGCUCGAGAGGAGCUGGCUAGCUCAAAGGCGUACCGGGAGGCAUGCCUGCUCAAGGCUCAAGAGAUGGCACGGACAUCCAGAGCUAGCUUUAUGCAAAGUGCAGUCUCCCGCCACAGUCGGAUCAAUAGCCGAAGCCAGAUCGGCCGCAAUUCUGUAGUUGCAUAG